AGGGUGGCCUAUGUGCAACGAGGAGUUUGUAAAUUUCGUCAUUAUAAAAUAUAAAUUUCUCUAUUAGAAUGACCAUGAUUUCAAAGGCUGCAGUGGGUAUUGCUGUUGGUAUAGCUGGAAUAUUUGUUGGAUAUUGCUUUUACUUUGAUCAAAAGCGUCGUAGUGAUCCUGAUUUCAAAAAGAAAUUGCGUGAACGUAGAAAAGCAAAGAAACAAGCACAGAAUGCUACUUCAAAGAUUCAAGAUUUAAAAGAUCAUGAAGUUGUACAAAGAUUUUUCCUACAAGAGGUGCAAUUAGGAGAAGAAAUGCUUUCAUGUGGUGAUAUAGAAGGAGCAGUUGAACAUUUAGGAAAUGCAGUUGCAGUAUGUGGACAGCCAGCACAAUUGUUACAAGUUCUUCAGAAAACACUGCCACCACAAAUUUUUCACCUUUUAUUACAACGAUUACAACCUAUUAGUCAGAAAUUAUCAACACAAAUUGCAAUGGCUGAGGAAGAUGUUGAGUAAAGUACUAUACAAAUUGCGUUGAAUAAUUCAAAAUAAAAUUUAACUAUUAGUAGAAAA